AUGACCGAAAACCUGACGAAACAGUUGAAUUCUUGCAAGAUCGCCCACGCUCCCUCGCUAUCUGGUAUGCCAUUGGAUAUUAUCAACAGGAUUCUUGACAAGUUGGAUCCAAUCUUUCGAUUUUCUCUCCGCAGAGUGUGUCGGAAUCUGAGGAACGUCAUUGAUAACAGAGACCCGGAAAUUGAGCAAGUACAUGUUCUUUUCCAGUCAAACCAAAGUGUUCUUACUAUCAACUCAACAUUUGAGUUUGACUACAAUCUGUAUGCUAUACUGGAUGAUUUGGCAAGUUUGUGGAAGAACCCGAAACUUCAGUUGAAAUCAUUUUAUGCCUCAACAUCAGGAAAACAUCAGGGAACUGUAGUGGAUUCGUUUGAGGAAAUUGCUAGACUAGAUUAUCAGAUUCACUGCAAAUAUUUUGGAUUGUAUCUAUUUGAAUUUGAUGAUCCCUAGAUGUGUUAACUUUCUUGCCCCUUUUCAAACCUGGAAUUCUAGAAGAGAUUGUCAUAACUACGUUCGAGCCAAUAGAAAACGAUGAAGCAUUUGAUAUAAUUGAAACAGAACAAUGGAAACAAGCAAAAUCAAUUACUUUGCAUUCGGUGAACACAUUGAGUUACUUCACUUUUCCCAUUGAACACCUCUUUCAUCUGUGCAAAUUCUCUGUUCCAUUGGAAGAAUUAACAGUUUCUGAUGCAGUUAAAAUCAGAGAUGUGAGUUUAAAAACUUAUAUUCUAAAAGCUAAUCUAUCUUUUUCAGAUUCUCCUGAGAUCCCCUCAUUUUGAAGCUGGUCAAAUCAAUGUAAAAACAAAAUCCAAGAUGAUGUUUUGAGAGUUUUCUUCCCAGAAUCCCAUGAUAAUAUUUCUCGCUAUGACAAUUUUGAUUUCACUUUUAACUUGAAUUCGUUGAACAUUAAAAAGAUUUAG